AUGACUGUAAUCCAGCGACAGCCAGGAGCCGUCCAAAAGGCGAGCUUUACCGAUAUAUACAACGACAAAGACCCGAGAGCUUAUCUCACAACCUUGGCACCCCUGAAGUAUACAAUCCCUCAGCAGCUACAGCCUUUGUUCCAGCGCCUUCAUCAACUGGCAUCCCAGGACACUACCAACUCGGCCAUUCUUGACGUUUGCUGUUCAUAUGGCAUCAAUGGAGGUCUUAUUCGACAUGAUGUUGACAUGGAGGCAUGGACAGCCCACUACGCGGAUUCGGACCUGAGUCCAGAAGAGCAAGUUCAGUCCGACAAGGAGUUCUUCGCGAGUCGCGUACGAUCUGACAAACCUGUGGUACUGGGACUCGACAAAGCUGAAAACGCCAUUCGCUAUGCUUUGGAAACUGGAUUGGUCGACAAUGGCUGGGCAGAAAACCUAGAAACCCAUGACCCCUCUCCCAGUCUAUCUGAAGUAUUGAAGGACGUUACCUUGAUCAUAUGUACUGGCGGCGUCAGCUACGUCGGCUCUCGCACCUUCGGGCGUAUAAUGUCGGCAAUUCCCCGGUCAACCAACAUCUGGAUGGCUAGCACUGUGAUCCGGACAGUAUCAUACGAGGAAGUAGCGAUGACUUUGAAGGCCCAUGGGUUGGAGACAAUGAAGCUUCCUGGUGUGCUUCGGCAACGACGCUUUGCUUCUGAUAAGGAGAAGAGUGAUGCUAUCGCACAGGUCAAAGCUCGGGGGCUAGAUCCAUCUGGGUUUGAGGAUGAAGGGUAUUUGUGUGCGGAGGUUUACAUAUCUCGUCCGAUUGGGGAGCUGUCGACAACACCUAUCGCUGAGUUGGCGGAUCUGAUGAGAAGUUCUGUGUGA